CGGACCGCGGACAGGCAGUGUGCAACCAGCAACGGCGCCGAUGCACCGGGUCCGUCAUCGCUCGCACGCCGUCCGCGCCGCGCCGACUCUCCUCCGGCUUUUCCGUUGCUGUUCGCGCGUUCAAAUCGCCGUCGUCGCCGCCGAGUCAUGAGACGGCACCACCGUCCGACCGACCGACAACACUUGCACUCGCGGACACUGCGACGAUAAUAUUACAACCUCUAAUUAUUAUUUCGCGCCUCCCGGACCGCUCGAGCGUUUACCGCGUAAACCGCAGCGAUAUCCAUCGUUGUUGUGACAGUUUACUGUAUAAAUUAUAUUGGGACGCAGAGAGUCACGCCGCCGUCGUCUCGAUGAACGUCAAAAAGCAACAGAUGCAAUUGCAGCUGCAACUGCAGCAACCACAACGGCGGCACGAUCGCACCGGGUUCGAGGCCCUGUUAGACCAACCGGUGCCGGUGGCCGAGACGUCACCUCCCGGCGGGACGUCGCCGUGGUCGACCGGCGUCACCGACACGGUAGGUCGCUACGAUCACCCGCACCACCGCCGGGGUCCGCCGGCCACCGGCGCCGGACUGUCGGGCGUACUCUCAGACCUCACCGGUUCGCCGACCGAAGCCGACGACGCCACCGCCUCGGCCACUGCCGCUCGUCCAGGACGCCCGCAGGACGAAGCGGUUACUACCCCACCGCCACCGUCACCUGCUUUGUCGCUACCCAGCCCUUACUACGACCGGAAUCCAGUCAUCGGUUUCCCGGUGCAUCAUCACCAUCAUCACCACCAUGUCCCCAAGUCACCGCCACCGAUCACCGCCACCGUACCUCUGGGCAACGUGCAAAACGUCGUACACGCCACUGGCGAUCAGGACUACAACGAUCUGCACUACGCGAACAGUUCAAAGUACUACUACCAGCGGCACAACUACAAGUCUGGAGGUUUGACAGAUGGGCGGGACGACGAUAAAGAGAACAUCAAGCAACGGGACACUGCCGAGUGUCUGCAACAGCAGUUGGACGAAGUAUUGCAGGCUUGUGUAGACUACGAAGAGCGGAACAAAAGUCGGCAGCAAGCGCAGUCGGAAAGCUCCGGAAACACGUCGCCAGGCACUGCGGCGCCGUCGACGACCACACCUCCGCAUCAAAACCGGAUCAAAACAAACGGUUCUCUUCCACGGGAUAGCAAGAAAUCUUCCACAGAAACGUCUUCGCCCACGUCGCCGUUAUCGCCGAUGACAUCGCCACUAUCGCCAAUGACAUCGCCACUGUCCCCAUCAUCGACCUGGCCGUCCGUGGCUACCCCAUCUCCUCCUACGCUGUCGCCGCUGUCAUUGCGUGCAGCCGGCGGAGACAGUGACUCAGUAUUUUUGGAAAACGACAAUCUUCCAGCGUCGCCUGUAACUUGCGGAAGUCCCAGGACUAGAAUAAGAACGCUUGUCCCGACGUCUUGUGCGACGACUACCGAAAAUUUAUUUCACAACAGUGGCAAGGACCAUCAACUAGGACAGAGUCAACUGAACGGUCACGGUGGCCCCGACGCCGAUUCAAAAACGUCACCGACCGCUGCAGAUAACCUCUCGUCGAAAUCGCCGGACAGGCCGGUGCAACAAAUGCAGCUGCAGUCAUUGCAGUCGCCAUUCCUCCAAUCACCGCCGCCUCCUUCGUGGCAGACGACGAAGAUGUGGCUGCGUUCGUCUCCGUUUGCAGUGGAUUCCAAAGAUGGUGGCACGACGACUACGCCGACGGUUUCGUUCGCUGUUGCCGACAAGGUGGCCGAGGCGGCCGAGCAACGUCGGAAGCUACUAGUCGAAUUGUCCGCGCACAAGUCCCGGCUGGUGGAGUUGCACUUGCGCCGCGAAGAAGUCGACCGGGAGUUAAUCAUCGAGACCGCUCUGCUGCGAGCUGAACUUGAUGUUGCCGACGAUGAAACCCGUCAGUCGGACAACAUAGUAGACGGUUUGGACCGUGCCGUAGCUGAUUGCAGGCAAAAAAUGGACGCGUGUACAGUGAAACAGCAGGACCAGAGGAUGGCAGCUGAUUCGCAGUUGGCAGGACACCGGCGAACACUCCAAGGGUUACGGAAGCGGUUAGAAUCGAUCGAAGACAACGACGAGCUGAAAACUGAAAUACGUGAUUCCAUUGACAAGCAGACGGAACUGUUAGAUGCCGAACAAAAGUAUACAUCAUAUAUGUAUAUUUACGUAAUGCUGGUGUGUGUCCUGCAGUUGUACGAAGAUGUAGAAUUCGGAUUGCUUGAAGAGGAAGCUGGAUGGCUGGCUCGCAGAGAAGAGUUGCACAGGGACCGGGCCGCGGCCGUGGCGGUCAGGCGGGCUCGACGGGCUCGCGCCGAGUGGUUGCGCGCGCAGCUCGAUCAGCUCCGAAGCGUAGGCGACGACCAACUACGAGCACUGCGGACUGACAUAAAUACAGCUACAUUGUCCAUCCAACAGGGUCAUAAGAAACUGCAAGAUCUGGACGCCACCGCAGCUAGCGUGACGACAGCAACAAACACCAUACCAGACCAGCACCGACGUCCCCAUCAGUUUCAAUACGAAAUGCACUCGGGGCAACCGGCAGCGGAACAUCAACCACCCAAGUCUUUGGAAUGGUCGUGGGACCAACAACUAAAAUCUCCUAUGUCAUCAAGAUCACCGUCGUCGUUGUCGUGGGAUCUACAGCCAUCGAGGUCACCGUGGUUUUCGACAGCCGCUCCCGUGACGGAAGACACGACGGGCAAUAACAUGAAUAGCUUGAUGACUGGUAGCAUAACGACGACGUGCUGUAGCAGUAUAGGCAGCAGUGGUGGCGAGGAUGAUGGUUGUACCAGACCGAUAUCGGAUGACUCUAUUUCACGAAUGUCGAUGUCGACUAUCUUCGAUGGAGGGGCCACGAUCAAACUCCGACCAAAAAACAAAACGUCUCCGUCGGACAUCACAAAAAGGCCGUUGACUAGAUAUCUGCCGAUACGGUACGACGGCGACGGCUCGACCGAGAACCGAAUGGCGUUCGACUUGCGCGCGCACAUCGAGUCGGCGGGACACCAGCUGGACGACGACAACGGCGGCGUCGACCGGCACUUCUGGAUCGACAGCUCGUCGUGUCGAGGCUACUUGAAAAAGCUGUCCGGUGCAGGCGGCAAGAACGCUCGCCGAGGAGGACGCAAAUGGCUGAAGAGAUGGUUCGUGUUCGACCGGCGGUCGAGGACCCUGUCCUAUUAUCGCCGCCGGUCCGACGAUGGCGUCGACGCCGCCGCCAACCAGAGAGCAGGCGCUGCCGCGACCGAGAAGAAAACUCCACCGAGGGCGUCGAUCCGUUUUCAGGACAUUCAGGAAGUGUACGUCGACCACACGAACAGCACCAAGGGACAGGGGUGCGCGUUUGUGGUAAAGACCGCCCAGCGGACGUUUUACCUAUCGGCAGCGACUGGCCAAGCUGUCCGAGUGUGGGUGGAUGUCAUAUUCACCGGCGCCGAAGGGUACCGGGAGUACCUGAAAACUUCGACCACCGACGGCGGGAAUGGAUGCGGCGACGAUCGUCGAUGAGUUCAGCGAACAAAAUCCUAACUUGCCCCGUGUCUGUGGACUAAUUAUAUUUAUUUUUAUUUUUCUACGAGGCCGUCUAAUACCGCCGUGUAUAAUUUUUUUUUCACCAAAUAUAGUUUUAUCCAUUGUACCUACCAUUACUUUAUACUUACAUUUCAACGAUUAACGCGACUGUAAAAUGCGGUUGAUAGUAUAUAUUAAAAAAAAAAAACAAAUGUUAUUGACUUUGAAGCAGCAGAGCUGUAGAGUUGCGAACAAUUUAAUCUAUAGACUGGAUAUAAUAAAUGUCAUAUACACCUACAUAUGUAUGUAUAUAUAUGUAUAUGGAUUAAAACUAUUUAUUUAAACA